AUGGUAUCAUCAAAGGACUCUGACAUAAAGUCCCUACCUGACAAGGCCACACAAGCAGACAAGGACUUGGCAUAUAAAGUUGCCGCAAACAUCAAACCAGGGCACAAGAGUGGAGAGUCUAAUAUCAAAGAGACCAUAGAGUCUGCUGCCACCAAAGAGGAGAAUCUGAUCUCGAAACGAACGGUCGGAGGUGACGAUGGAGGGGAGUCGGGGACAGCUGAGAGGAGGGUUUAA